UUCACAAAAAAAAAACAAGUCAUCUAGUUGAGGGGGAAGAAGAAGAAACAUUACUUCGCAAAGAUUUCAUAUUGCCACAAACUAAAACUAAUAAUUCUUUAAAAUGGAAACCUCAAUUAAAGUUCAGCCCACUGCCAAUACUGUGUUAGAUGCCUCACCAUCCGCAGCUGUGCCCGGCAAGAGCAAUUGUUUGAUGCAGGUUGCCCAUAUCCAUCGUUUACAGGAUUCUGAAGCCAACUAUGAAACUCAUCAAUACAAUUUGCAUAUGCAAAUGUUGAGGAAUCGCGAAGGUCUUAAUGCUCCAUUAAAGAUGGGAAUGGAACUACAUGCAGCCAGACAAGUAGGACGUUUACCAUUUCUACAGUCAAGCCACAUGAUGGAAGAUGUUUUAUUGGGCCGCGAUGAAAUGAUUGGUUUCCAAGACUUUUUGGGUGUACCAGAAAAUUUCGAAUUUAUCAGACAGCCCCACGUUGUUAUGGAAAAAUCCCUAGGUAUAUUUUAAAUAAUUCCCAUUCACAUAUAAUGUAAUAUGGAUUUUUGUGUAAUUUGAGAAAUAUAUUUUUAAACAUACAAAGUAAUAAUAAUUAAUGGUACGUUGGAAUAUA